CAUAGUUGUGUCCUUCAAGUGACAGCGGCAGCAUGGCGAAUGCUGGAAGCAGGGUAUCUGUUGAAGGCGAAACUAUGCGAUACACUGAAUACAAUUCUCAAUCUCAAAUCAGGAGCGAAACAGAAAUCGACAAAAGACUUGGUGGUACUCUGAUAGCGGUUGGCCUUGGUGUUGCUGCUGCAGGCUUUGCAGGUCGUUAUGCCUUCCAGUUGUGGAAGCCUCUAGGACAGGUCCUGUCACAGACUGCUAAGAAGAUGCCCACCUCAGCCUUCUCAUCCCACUACUAUAAAGGAGGGUUUGACCAGAAGAUGACUAAAAGAGAAGCUAGCCUCAUCCUUGGUAUCAGCCCGACCAGCACCAAGUCCAAGGUGAGAGAUGCCCACCGGAGGAUCAUGGUCCUCAACCACCCAGAUAAAGGUGGAUCUCCAUACAUGGCCGCCAAGAUCAAUGAGGCUAAGGACAUACUGGAUAAAGACCAACGCCGCUAAUAAAAACUACAGCCCCCAUCACCCCUCUGACCUCCUGGACUACAGUAUACUACAGAUCUAUUUAUUCUAGCCCUAACACAUUACCAUCCCCAGAAGCAGUCCUACUGCACCAAUGGACUAUUCCGAAUCCUCGUUCAGGAAAGGUUAUCUUUCAAGUUGAAGGUCACCUGUAGUUAUAGCUUUAUAAAAGUCAACAUGUCUACUGUACAGUCUGUUGUAAAUACACUAUACCAUAAGAUACAAGAUAAUAAUAUUCCAUAGAAUAACUAAUUAAAACAUAUACAGUGGGGGAAAAAAGUAUUUAGUCAGCCACCAAUUGUGCAAGUUCUCCCACUUAAAAAGAUG